UAACUGCAGGCGCACGGCUCCCGGCUCCCGGCCACCAUCUCUCUCCAACCCUCGCCGGUCGCCGCCAGUUCGCCGUAGUUGUGCUACACAGCCGGUUUGCCCCUAGUCCGUCCGCACCGUGCGGCGUGCGCCGCCAUGCGCCCUCUAUCUCAGCAUCUCUCCCCUCGACGCGCGCAUCUCCUGGCCGUUCGCCGCCCGCUCGCCACCGCCGAACGCCGGCCAACUCCUCACUUGCACUCCAUCCUCUCCGGCGCCUGACCACCCUCCACGCUUUCAUCUCCCUCCUCUCCAGCUAUCUCUGCUCCUUCCAUUGAACCUCCCAAUCUUCUGGCCUCGGAAUAUCCCGAUGGAGGCGGCCGCCGUCGCUUCCUCCGGCACCGGGCUGCGCUGCUCGCUUAACCCUGUCCCGAACCCGCACAAGAUAAGCGCGCGGGUGCGCUUCACGACCACGCGGCAGUCAUGUGCCGCCACCUGCAGGCCGUUGCUGCUGCUUCGUCCGACCGCCAGCGCAUACUCGGCGGCGAUUGAUAGCGGAGCUGGGUGCUCCGGGGUCAGCAAGAGGCUCGCGGUGUUCGUGUCCGGCGGGGGCUCCAACUUCCGGUCCGUCCACGAGGCAGCUCUCGGUGGAAAGGUGAACGGUCAUGUGGCUGUGCUCGUCACGGAUAAGCCAGGCUGCGGUGGCGCGGACUAUGCAAGGUGCAACGGCGUACCGGUGGUUGUGUUCCCCAAGUCGAAAUCAGCGCCGGAGGGGGUGUCCACGGAUCAACUUCUCAAUGUUCUCAGGGAUCUGAAGGUAGACUUUGUUCUACUUGCUGGCUACUUGAAGCUCAUACCUGGUGAGCUAGUUCAGGCAUAUCCCAGAUCCAUGCUGAAUAUACAUCCUUCACUCCUCCCGGCAUUUGGUGGCAAGGGUUAUUAUGGUUCCAAAGUGCAUAAAGCAGUUAUUGCAUCUGGAGCCAGAUACUCAGGACCAACUGUGCACUUUGUGGAUAUGCAGUUCGACACUGGAAGAACUUUAGCCCAAAGAGUUGUGCCUGUUUUAGCCAAUGAUACGCCAGAACAAUUGGCUGCAAGGGUUCUUCAUGAGGAGCACCAAGUUUAUGUUGAAGCAGUUGCUGCCUUGUGUGACGACCGAAUCGUGUGGCGGGAAGAUGGUGUCCCACUUAUCAGAAGUCAGGCAAACCCCAAUGAGUAUAUGUGAUAGUUCUCCUGAACACUAAUGAAGUUUGUAGCCCCCUGUCAAGUGCCAUUUUCCCCCAGGGCAUGGAGUGAAUUCAUACGGCUUGUCUGACUUUGUUCUGCUCAUUGUGUGGUUUGGCUUUGAUGAUAAUCUGUGUCCCGGACAAAGUAUUUAGAGGGUAUUCUGCUUAUUAACCUUUGCAGACGACAUAUCUAAGUAUCUUCUGUCAGUUCCGGUGCUAAUGCCACUUCGAUAUUCUAGUUUAUGCGAGAGGGAUAGAAGAGGGGAUGGUGCAAAUGGUUGUCAUUCCUAGAGAGUCCUCUCGGACAGCAAGGUUCUGCCGUGUCUUCCUCCAUUUUAUUUUUAUUUUAGUUACUCCUUUUAAGUAUUGAGUUAAGGUUGUCAGAUGAUUCCUGGAGCAACUAUAAUGGUUUGCUUCUUUUGCCA